GCCUCCCGCCACGGCGGGUGGCUGCUCCCCGUCUCCACGGCAACCGCCGGGCGGGGCGGGGCGGGGCGGGGAAGUGACGUCAGCGGCGGUCGGUGGGGCCGCGGCGGUGCGUUCCGGGGUGUCGGGGCGCGGCGGGGCCGGAGCAUGGCGGGGGCCACCACGAUCGAGGCGGUGAAGCGCAAGAUCCAGGUGCUGCAGCAGCAGGCGGACGACGCCGAGGAACGGGCCGACCGCCUGCAGCGGGAGGUGGAGGCCGAGCGCCGCAACCGCGAGCAGGCUGAGGCAGAAGUGGCGUCUCUGAACCGCCGUAUCCAGCUGGUAGAGGAGGAGUUAGACCGAGCCCAGGAGCGCCUUGCCACAGCUCUGCAGAAGCUGGAAGAGGCAGAGAAGGCCGCAGAUGAAAGCGAAAGAGGCAUGAAAGUAAUUGAAAACAGAGCUCUGAAGGAUGAGGAGAAGAUGGAGCUGCAGGAGAUCCAGCUCAAGGAAGCCAAGCACAUUGCGGAGGAGGCAGACAGGAAGUAUGAGGAGGUCGCUCGGAAGCUGGUGAUCAUAGAAGGAGACCUGGAGCGUACCGAGGAGAGAGCUGAGCUUGCCGAGUCUAAAUGUUCCGAGCUGGAGGAGGAGCUGAAGAAUGUCACCAACAAUCUCAAGUCUCUUGAGGCUCAGGCUGAGAAGUACUCCCAAAAAGAGGAUAAAUACGAAGAAGAGAUCAAGAUCCUGACUGAUAAACUCAAAGAGGCAGAGACCCGUGCUGAGUUCGCUGAGCGGUCUGUAGCCAAGCUGGAGAAGACCAUUGAUGAUUUGGAAGAUGAGCUCUAUGCCCAGAAACUGAAGUACAAAGCAAUUAGUGAGGAGCUGGACCACGCCUUGAAUGACAUGACUUCCAUAUAAGCUGAAAUCCACCAAAGAGGAGCAUCUCUGCACGCAAAGAAUGCUGGACCAGACCCUGCUAGACCUGAACGAGAUGUAAUGGAUCCCCACCACUGCCUCUGCCACGCCAUGCCCGCGCCGGCCCAGCCGCUGCUGGCCUCUAACCCUUGCGCCCAGAGUUUACUUCUUGUUGCCAACUUGACCAAACGCAGCUCUUCCCCCUGGCCUCAGGGUUAAAGGCCAUCAUCAGGUUGGGCAGAGCUUCAAACGACGUUAUUAAGGGAAAUGAGCAAUGCAAUAAUGUUUGGGAGCAUGUUUUGAGAUGUACACAUUUUGUAAGUACCUUUUCUUUUUGUAGUAACCAGUGUGAACAUUCCAAGUAACCAGUGAGGCUGCUGAGCUGCACUCAAAGCUCUUGGCUUUACAAUUGGGUAUUAACCUCCUGUUAACCAGCUCUGGGCCACCCUGCCUUGGCCAGGGAGGAAGGAGGGGGUGGCGCAUGGCUCCGGCUGUGGGCCACCCCAUGGGAGCAGCUGGGAUAGGGAUGCGAGCCUGUUGGGAGAACUUCCUUUCCAGGAGCCUGUUUGCCAAAAGAGCAGUUCAGUUUCUCAGCUUUAAGGGUAACUCUCUGUUGUGGAGAAGCAACCUGGGUGGAAGGAGCCGCCUUUUACAGCCAGGCUGUUCCCUGAGCGGCUGAACCUUCACAGGGGUUGUUUCUCUUCCCCCUCACUGUUGGCCACUUCCCCUUGGAGAAGCCACGGCCCCUCUAACCCGUUGCUACACAGGAGCUGAACUUGCCUUCACCGAGUGCUGACGCACCAAGCUUCAGCGCUCGGUGCUGGCUGGCGCUCAGCAGCUUGACUACAACAGCCUUGUUCUCUUGGAGAAGCUCUUUUUGCCUACCCCAAGGGAGGGAACCGAGGCCUUCCCCCCUGGCCAGGAGUGCUCUUAGUGUCUUAAUAAGGUACAAGCCAUCUUGCUGUGCAUUGCUGACGUGUCGCUGUGAGGUGUGAGUGUGGAGACGUGUCAGGCUCACGGUGUGUAGCUUCUCGUGUGAGCAUGCUGCCUGGUUGUAGCCGGUUUAGGGGCCAAGCCGGAGAAAAGAACCUUAUCAAGUGUUUUGAUACUAAAUGGAACAAUUGUCUUACUGUCUUUUGAAAUAAACCCCCUCCCUCCACA